AUGGUUUCCAAGACUUUCGCCCUCAUCGCCGCCAUGGCCGUUGCCGCUACAGCCAACCCCACCAUUGGCUACGCAGCCUACUACUACACCAACUGCACCAUUCCCAGCAUUGAUGCCACCAAUGCCUACGCUGGAUCCUGUGUCAAUGUCGAGAACUUCCCCAUCAAGUCAUUCACUGCCUAUGUUGAGUCUAGCUCUUGUGCUGACGGUACCUCUGCCGUCCUCAACACCUACCUUGCUUCUGGAUGUGAUGAUUCCGAUUUGUUCGAGGCGGUUAGCGUGACUUCUGAGAAGCAGUGCUUUGCGGCUGAUGCUACUCUUUACAGCAUCAAGGCUGAGUGUGUUUGA